AUGUCAAUUUCAGUCCCAACCAUUCUUUUGACUAACGACGACGGCCCUCCACAUCCAAAAGAAUCUCCAUAUGUCCUUGGUCUUUAUCGUCACCUCACAGAACGCUUAGGCUGGAACGUCAAAGUUGUUCUCCCUAGUUCCCAGAAAUCGUGGAUAGGCCGAUACUUUUACCCCAGGGAGGAUGGCAACGGGGAGCAAUCUCCAAAGUCACGCCCUCUGAAGCCAGGAGAACUGGCCGAGUGGAUUCUUUUAGAUGGAACCCCAGCCACUUGUGCGAACGUCGCUUUGCAUAACCUCUACCCUGGGCAAAUCGACUUGGUGGUAUCCGGUCCCAACCUGGGCAGAAACACUUCGGCCGCGUUCGCGCUCUCCUCUGGUACUAUCGGCGCCGCCCUGUCAUCUUCAUUAUCAAAAGUUCGCUCUAUUGCCCUCUCAUAUGGUACUGUCGUACACCCAACACCCACGACCUACUUUGAACCGGCUCACCGCAUUGGCUGUCGAAUCAUCCAACAUCUAUGGCACAACUGGGGCUCCGACGAUUGUGGUUUACGAAAUGGCGAAGUUGAUCUCUACAGUGUCAACAUCCCUCUCAUUGAAGACAUCCUCUCAGAAGAGGGCUUAAAGGUCUACUGGACAACCAUGUGGAGAAACUCUUAUGGUAGAUUGUUCAAGGACGUCUCCAGUCGGCGUAAAUCGAUCGAUGGCGCGACUGUAAACCCCGCAGGUCCAGAUGCUGCGACAAGUCCACAAACUGCGGUUAAACCCAUAGACGAGGAAGGUCUGCUUUUCAAGUGGGCACCAGAGAUGCGGGGCCUCAUCCAACCACUCUCUGACGAACUCCCAGUCGGAUCCGACGCAUACGCAAUUCAUACUGGUUCCAUAUCUGUCACCGCUCUCAGAGCCUGCUUCGCUGAGCCGCCCACUAGUGUGGUCGACCCCGUUCUCCGACAAAUUAAACUGUAA